UUCAAAAAUAAAUCAAUUUAACAAUGAAAUCAAUGUUUUCUUUAAAUACCAAUCAUUUCUGCUACUCUAAAAAGAACAUUCCAGAAAUUCGAAGCUAAUGAAAUAGAAAUUCCUAAAUGAUCUGCAUUUCCAUUUUCAUAAGCCUUAAUAGCAAUAUAUGUAUUAUAAGCUAUAAAAGCAGUAAAAAUACUCGUUACAAUAAAACAAUCAAUUUUAAAGCAUAUAAAAAUGAAUAUAUAGGAUUAAAUAGCACAUUAAAUUAUUAUUGCUAUCUAUUAAAAACCUAUUAAUCCAAAAAGUCCUGCAUAUAAACAACUACCUAGACUCAAUAGCAAAUUUUUAGGUUCAUAAAUAGCGCAAAGACUGGCAACUAUAGAAACAGAGCCUGUAAUUCCUAUACUAAGAGGUAAUAUAACUGGAUUUAUCAUAUGUAAAGAUCCGAAUAAUAAAGAAGAAGAUAGACCUAAACCGGACAUUGCAAGUCCGUAGGUGAAAAUUCUUGCGGGAGAAUUAGUUGAAACUAGAUGUGUUUCACCCUUUAUUUGAGUUUAAUAUUAUUAACAAGAAUAUGAUUAGGUACCGAUUAUACCACCUAAAGCUAUUGCGAAUCCUCCUAAACCACAUAAUAAAGGAUUAGUGAAGGCUAAACCAGAUUGAACUGCUAAAUGACUACUCGUUAAAGCCGUUAAAAUACCUAAACCUGUUGUUUUAUAUACUCGGGUUAGAAAAGCAGACAUUCCCGAUUUGGUUACGAGCUCAUUCAUUGCUGAGUCUUCGGAAUAUGAGGGCUUUGAUUUUUAUGUUGUCUCUUUUCGGAAAAACACAAAAGAAUUCAUAGGAACUUGGGUCGUUAAAUAUGUUUUUGGGAAUGCUUUUAAAAAUGUUGAUGAUUUUUAGGACAAACAUUUUUUUUUCUUUUUUAUAUGUUUGUUUAU